UUGUACAAGGAGAUGCACAAUCUCUAUUUGGUUGCGGGAAAUAUUUUUUAUUUUCUAAAUUAAGAUAUGACCGGAAAACUUUUAAUGUAUCCCGUGUUUGAGACAGUAUCAGCAGGCACUUUCAGAAGAGGAUGCUUCCACCGACAUACCCGAGGAUCACAUGUUUGAUCAGGAUUGUGUUAUGUCAUUUUUUCGACUGCUUUACAAACUAGCAGGUAAACUUGAAAAAAAUAAGCCGUGCCAGAAAGAUUCACCUUUAUCACGACAUUUGACCGAAAAGACUUGAAAAACGUAUUUCCGAUUACUUUCAUCUGUGCUUAUUCGCUUGAAGGCUGUUCGAUAUUUUAGUUGUUUUUUUAUUUGCUACGUUUUGAAGUUGGUUUGGAUUAAAAAGCCAAAGGACCUUGUCGAGUUUGGGGAUUUGCAUUGGAAGUUGUACUUAAUAUAUAUGCUUUAUAUUCUAAAUGUUAAGACAGUUUCCUUAAUGCAAAUAAAUAACUGUAUUAUGCUCGCGCUUACGGCGACGAAAUCAACUUGAGGAGUUUAUACGAAGUUUGAGCGCGAGCUUAUUAGUAUUAACUGAAUUAUUGGCUCGAACCGACUCGAUAUUGCUUAAAACAUUCAAGAAAAUGCGAUAGACGACAAGUCAAGGGAAAGCAGUCCCGGGGAGUGAAAUUGGAUCGGGUGUUUUGGCGAGAGGCCUGCUGGUCGGGCUUUUGCCGGGGGAUAUUUCAGGCUCAGGCGGAGUCGGGGCGCGUUCAGCCCGGCCGUGAGUGACGCGCAGUCUCGGUGCCAGAGGACGAGCUAUGGAGAGGAUGGAGGUGGACCAGUGCGCAGGCGCAGGAGGAGCCCUCCGAAGGUCGAACAGCGCCCCCAUGAUCAACGUCAGUCACAACAGUGAUGGAAUGACAUUAUUCAGCUCUAAUAGUUUGGCUCGGUAUCGUCGGAGCAGCGUGUCUGUAAAUCCGAGCUGUCCCUUGCGGACCCUUCCUCUGUCCCCAUUCUCCCUGUCAUGUGAGAGAUCUGAACACAAGAGACAGAUUGAGAAUAUGGAGCUCACUCUGAGAGGGAGUUUACAGAGACUAAGUGCCUCUCCUGCCAUUCCCUUCCCUCCUGCGAGUCAUUGGCAUGACCAACUGUCUCCAGGAUUCCAUUCCCAGGACAGUGGUGUCACUCCUAAUUCCUCACCCAGUCCAAUUAGAAGGUUUCGCGGAGGAUCUGUGAGCUCUGGAGUGAGAUGGCCAUCAGUUGUACCUUUGAAAAGGAAAGGUGGAGUGGAAUCAGAUGGGCCGCCCAAAAAACUCUUUGUUGCCGGAGUCACAGACCCAGCUCAUGUAACCAGUUACACAGUCAGUGUUUCACAGUCAGUGGACUCUUCCUCUGGAGCUGCACCUGUAGGUUCAAAUGCCCAGGCCAGCCCCCUCUCCCUCUCCCCUCCACCCGCAUUCACCUCUCACCACCCCAGCGUCUAGACAUCAAACACCAGUAUUCACCACAGCCAGAGCUCUGGUGUUCUUAUAUUAAGACAAAUCUUCGUUCCGAACUUGGUUCUGUUCCUUUCGACGAUCUAUUCUCCUGCUUUUCAGUUUGGUGCUAUGAUAAUACUCUGUUCAGUUCAAUCGCUUUCUAAGGAUAUUCAUCCAAGUCGGGUCAUCUAUUUGGAAGAAAUUAAAACGCAAUAUAAGCAGACAAAGGCAAGAGUGUUGGAUGGAUCUAAAAUGACAACAGAAGCUGAGUGCUGCAAGCUAUCAUGUAAUUUGUGAAUAGUCUUCUGCCAGAUUUUUGGUGCCUGUGGACUAGAAACUUGUAUUUCUGAUAUAGUAUCUGCAAUAAUAGAUUGCAGUUGAGUGUUCAAGCUAUUGCAGCCUGAUGCAAUGAAUAACUUCAGUGUACAGCUGGAAGAAAAAGACAGGUUGCGGCAAAACACUUUUGUAUUUUGGUACAUCAUCAGCUUCCAUUGACGGGUCCAAAGAUCUGGUAAAAUAUCCAGAUUGAGCAAAAGCCUUGAAAACAGAUAAUAGGGAAAAUGAGUGUUAGAAUCAGUGGGCUUCAGCGUCCACAUUUUUGUUAAUAUGUGAAUAGUGUAUAAAUAUGUGAAUAAUGAAAUAUUAUUUUGGUAUGUAUUAAUCCUACAUUUCUCUUGUGUUUAUCCCAGUGCUCUGAUAUCUGUAAAUAUGUUUAUUUUUCCAUAUAGCUUUUAGUUUGGGCUGAACCUUCAGAGUUUGCAACAUAUUCUUUAAAAAAUUGGAAAUAAAACCAGAGCACUCAUUAAAGAUUUUCGUUUAGAUUCCUUAAAAUGAGUACUGUAAAGAGCAGACGUCUCACACUGCGUCUACACUGCAUGUAAGCGACUCAACAAAAUCAGAAUACAGCUGGAUGAAUCAGAAUAUAUGUAAAUAUGUAAUAAUGUCGCUGGGCAAAAAAUCUCAAUGAUAGACUUCAUUUUCAUUAAGCAAAAUUAUUUCUUACAGCUUUCAUUCUUUGGACAGGUUUUGUGAGAUUCAUCCAGUUGUAACAAUCAAAGAUUUCUACAAUACAAGCACGCAACUUCGUUAUAGUCAACAAAGUGGUGUUCGUUUAUAAUAACGAGACCAUCUCGCUGCUUGCUCUUAGUGUAGAGGUGAGGUGUCAGUUAUUCUCCGAGCACAUGCAUUUGAAAUUCCACGUCCAAAACUGACCUAGAAUGUCUAGAUUGAGAAUGAAACUGAUCUAAGGCAAGCUGCUUUAUAAGUGUGAAAAGCAUUUAUCAAACUGUUUUCCCCAGAACGAAAUACUGCAUAUGUGCCGCAAAACCCUUGAGACCUAUGUACAAAAGUCAAGGACCGAUGUAUUUGCAAGGGAUGGGAUAUUGCGUAAAUAAGUUAUACAAAUGUAAUAACAAACUAGACCAUUUUUACUUUCAUACAAACACGGUUUCAGUGAAUAUUGUAUUUUUUCCUUUUUUGUACUAUUUGCACAGUGUUAGACAAUGUUAAUCAAUCUUGCCGUUACAUGAGUGGGAUCAUAUUUACUUCUGUUGUUACGGAUCUUGUUUGUACAUUUUAUGUGUUUGCGUUGUUUCACUUGGGAAAUGUUUCGAUUUUGAGCCGAGAGUUUCACCUUAAAGGGACAGUUCACCCAAAAAUGAAAAUCUUGUCAUCAUUUACGCACCCUCAUGUUGUUCCAAACCUGUAUGACUUUCUUUCUUCCGUGAAACACUGAAGGAGAUGGUAUGUAAAGGUGACUUAGACUAGCAUACUGCCUAAAAUCUUUUGUUCCAUUGAAGAAAGUCAUACGGGUUUGGAACAACAUGAGGGUGAGCAAAUGAUGACAGAAUUUUCAUUUUUGGGUGAACUAUCCUUUUAAUAUGUUUGGCAUUAGAAACUGACAGAUGCGUCACUUUGUUGUUCUAGCUUUAAACUUUAUCCACUUUUAGCUUCAAAGACGCUGUUCUGGAUUGUGGAUUUAAAUCGGAUGUAUAAAAGUUGCAGGAAUUGUAACAGGGUCAGAAGCAUUGAAAAUUAUCAUGUGUUAUUCAAACUGGAAGCCCUUUACAAACAUAUUUUCCCACAAGACAUUGCAUUAUUAAUGGCAUUAUGCAAGUCAUGUUGACUGUGGCACCUGUUAUACUGUUGAAUGUGUGAAGUCUCCUUGGUUACAAAACGUUACAGAAGUAACAGUACUUUAAUAUCAAUGUAAAAUGUCAGCAUUCUUGUUUUUAGUGUUUAUCACUUCUGACUGCUUUACAGUUUCUAGAGCUGCAUACAUUUGAAGAUUUUCCUCUGUUUCCAUUUUUAAAGGAAUAAUUCGUUAAAAUAAAGAAUUAAAAUUUGGUUGUAAUUUACUCCCCCUCAUGUUCCAAACAGAUGACUGCGUCAGUCACCAUCUACUUUCAUAGUAUGGAAAAAUGAUGCAAUGAAAGUGAAUGGUGACUGAGGCUAACAUUCUGCUUGGCAUCUUCUUUUGCGUCAUAUGAUUUAAACAACAUAAGGGUGAGCAAAUGAUGACAGAUUUUUUUCAUUUUUGGGUGAACCCUUUAAAUAUCAGGAGGAAUAUGUUGUUCAAUAUGAUGUCAUUGCCUUUCGUUUUCAAUCACAAUAAUGUGAUGAAAAUGAAUCGUUUUAUUUUUAAGUUUGAAUUCCAAAGUUACUUGCACUGGUUGCCAUUUGCUGUUUCCAGUUGUCAAGGUCCUUGAGAUUUUUUAAAGAUUGAUACCAAUGUUUAUGGGUCUUGAAAAGAAUUAAUUAAUGUGAAAUAUGCAUUUAAUUGAAUAUUGAAAGUUGCUGGAAUUAUUAUUUGUCACGUUCAUCAGAAUAAGUUCCAUUUAUUCAUCAAGAAUCUGAAACUUGGGAAGAUUGAGAACUGAGUGAUCUAUAUAUCAUAUUCUAUAAAAUCAGUUCAGUUGUAUUAUUAAUUUUCCCAUUGUCACCGUGCCAUUUAUUUUUCAAAACUGUCAUACACACUUACCUGCGAUAGGAUCAGUUAUAUUUGCGGGUAAGAGAUGAGAAUGAAGGAUGUGUUUCUUUUGCAAAUGUUUUCUUCCAAGGAAGAGUGCCAUUACUAAGUUAUUUGUAAAAAAGAAUUAGAAGUGGAAAAGCCAGUGUACGAGUUAAACAGUUUUGUGGAUCGAGGAUUGUAAGCGUGCAGAAAGCAUUCUAAUCAAAUGCCAAAGUCAAUAGCUUUCUGCCUAUCAAAUGUUGUAAAAAUAUUCUAGAAGCCAGAAAAUAAAACUGAAAGAUGGAUAUUUUUUGACAUGUUGGUAGCAAAAGUCAAUGUACUCCCUCUGAGUCACACAAGAUGAAUGUCCAAUUAUAAGAGAAAUUUCAUGCAACAUCAAAUAUGUAUAUUAUACCAUAUAUUCUUUAUGAAAAAGAUAAUAAAAACUCAUUUUAUUGA